AUGCUGCGCGGACUUGGGUUCCACAUCUACAUGACGGGCGUACGUAACCGGACGCGGACUGACGGCAAGCCGCAGGGCGAAUAUCAGGGGUGGACGCACAUUAACAACAUAGUCCACCUCCCUUGCGGCUCUAAAUUUAGUGCCGACGUCGCAUUUGGUGGUGACGGGCCAACUUCUCCUCUUCCUAUGGAUGGCGUGGGAUCUGCCCUUCACAAUCUAGGCACCCAAGAGGUACGACUCGUGGAGGGAAACAUCCCUAAGCAGCGCUUUCGGGAGCCGAAGCUGUGGGUGUACCAGUACCGCAACAGUGCCAAUAAGGAGUGGAACUAG